UGGAAUCCCCUCCCUUCUCCCCAAGGAGCCUCCUGGAAGUGCGCUGCCUCUCUCCUCCGCGAAACGCUCCGCCGGCCGCCCCGCCCCCCCCCCCCCCCUCCCUCCCUCCGAUGAAGCCCCGAGGACCGUAAAACUCGCCGGCCUUGGGGAGGAGCGGCGCUGCGUCUGGUUUUUCCUCUCCGUUAUUCCGAGGGACGGAAGAUGCCGGCCGACGUGAUGGAGAAAAACUCCUCCUCCCCCGUGGCCGCCACCCCGGCCAGCGGCAACACGACGCCCGAUAAGCCCAAGACCGCGUCGGAGCACAGGAAGUCGUCCAAGCCCAUCAUGGAGAAAAGAAGAAGAGCCAGAAUUAACGAGAGUCUCAGCCAGCUCAAGACACUGAUCUUGGAUGCGCUGAAGAAAGAUAGUUCGAGGCAUUCCAAACUGGAGAAGGCUGAUAUUCUGGAAAUGACGGUCAAACACCUCCGGAACCUGCAGAGAGCUCAGAUGACUGCCGCUCUGAGCUCGGACCCGACGGUGCUGGGCAAGUACCGGGCGGGCUUCAGCGAGUGCAUGAACGAAGUCACCCGCUUCCUGUCCACGUGCGAGGGGGUCAACACCGAGGUCCGCACCCGCCUGCUGGGCCACCUGGCCAGCUGCAUGACCCAGAUCAACGCCAUGAACUACCCGGCGCAGCCUCACCCGGCCCUGCCCGGGGCCCUGCCCGGGACCCUGCCCGCGGCCCUGCCCGCGGCCCUGCCCGGGGCCCUGCCCGCGGCCCUGCCCGCGGCCGGCGUCCCGCACGCUCCCUUCGGGCAGCCCCUGGUACAGAUCCCCGGGGGCGCGGCGGCCCCCGGCGGCGGGGGCGGCGGGGGCGGCGGGGGCGGCGGAGGGGGCCCCGUCCCCUGCAAACUGGGCAGCCCGGCCCUGGAGGCCGGGAAGAUGUUCGGGGGCUUCCAGGUGGUGCCCGCCCCGGACGGCCAGUUCGCCUUCCUCAUCCCCAACGCGGCCUUUGCGCACAACGGACCCGUCCUCCCCCUCUACACCAACACCGGGCUCAGUUCCGGGGGGCCCAACGCCGCCUCUCCCUCCGGCGCCCCGUCGUCGGUCACCGCGGACUCCGUGUGGAGGCCCUGGUGAACAGUAGCGCUCCCCCCCCCCCCCACCCCUUCCCCUCCACACACUAAAACAGGGACAAAGACUUUCUUUUUUUAGAGAGAGGGACUCUUCCCGUCAGGUUCUUGGGGUGGUGUCUUUUCCUAAAAAGUUACCUUUUUAUGUAGAGGGCUGUAUGAAGUGACUGACCAUGCACUAUAUUUGUAUAUAUUUUAUAUGUUCAUAUUGGAUUGCGCCUUUGUAUUAUAAAAGUUCAGACGACGUUUCGUUUUUUACACGAGAUUUCUUUUUUACGUGAUGCCAAAGACGUUUGAAAAUGCUCUUAAACGGCUUCCUUUUGGGAAGUUUUAUUUGAAAAUUAAUAAAAAGAAAGACUUCGGA